UUUAAAGGACGCAGUUUAUGUACCGGCUGACCGGUAUCAUAACAAAAUUGCCGGUAACAAAACCCUUCUUAUCCCUCUCAAGUAAUUACACGCGCGAGCACGAUGCACAACCGAAAAGCCUCCACUAACUUGACGGUAAUGGUGGAUCCGAGCCUCCUCCGCCGCUUCCUCCUCCUCCGAUUGCAACUAUGCUCAGUCACUCGCGGAGGCGUUGGACUCUCCAUAUCGGCGUUCCAGCGACACUACACCACAAAUAAGGAUGAUAAUGGUAAGAGAGGCAAAUGGUUCACUUUGCCUCCUUUCGGUUCUAGCAUAAAUGGCUCAGCUUUGGGAAAGCAGUUGGCGGGCUUCUCAAGCGUCGUCACUUCUGAAACGACGGCGGUUAAAUGGGUUAUUCGGUGCUGUCCCCAGUUGCCUAGAAAUCUAAUUCAAAAGCUCUUUCGCUUGAGACAGGUUCGAAGAGAAUCCAUCAGUUCUGACAAUGGUGGUCAAAUACAAGAAAGAAAACUGAAAAGGGUGACAGCCAAGGACUCAUUGAACGUGGGAGAUCGAAUCUUUCUUCCCAUUACCAUUCAGGAGUUUCCUACUGAGAAAAAGGAUUGCCCUUGCACUGAAGAAGAAGUGAAUUAUAUUCGUAGCCUGGAAUUGUAUAAGGAUCCAGCCAUUAUUGUUGUCAACAAACCUCCUGGGAUGCCUGUUCAGGGUGGCAUUGGCAUUAAAAGAAGUUUUGAUGAGUUGGCAGCUGCCUAUUUAACUUAUGAUUACUCAGAGCCGCCACGGCUGGUGCAUAGACUUGACAGAGAUAGUAGUGGCAUAUUGGUGAUGGGAAGGACACAAACGAGUGCAACAGUUUUGCAUUCUGUAUUCCGUGAGAAAACUAUUGGUGCAUCAAAAGAUGACAUUGACAAUGAAAAAAGAAUCCUGCAAAGAUGGUAUUGGGCCCUUGUCAUUGGAUCUCCAAGACGCUCAAAGGGUUUGAUAUCAGCACCAUUGGGAAAGGUUGUGGUGGACAAUGGAAAGUCUGAUCGAAUCACCAUUGUCAACAACACUCAAAAUAUGACAUCACAGCAUGCAAUAACAGAGUACAGAGUGAUUGAAUCGUCUCAUGGUUACACGUGGUUAGAGUUGUCUCCUCUUACAGGUAGAAAGCAUCAGCUCCGUGUACACUGCGCUGAGGUGCUGGGGACACCUAUAGUUGGAGACUACAAAUAUGGGUGGCAAGCUCAUCGGAAGUGGAAACAGUUGCAUCCAUCUGAUCUUAUUAAGAACUUAAAUGAGAAGGUUUCGAAGGAAAAAGCUCUUCCCUUUGGCCUUGAUUUGGAGAACGGAAGCAUCUUUGGAAAGCACCCUCACCUGCAUCUUCACUGUAAGGAAAUGUUUUUACCCAAUGUGUCUCAGGCUUUGCAAACUGUGCAAUUAUCUUCAGACUACGAUCUUUCAGAAUUGGAAACCCUGAAGUUGGUUGCACCUUUGCCUUCACACAUGCAAAGAAGUUGGGAUUUUUUGAAUUCUUAAGCCACAACUAUAAUCGUGCAAACUUGCAGAUAGGGAUGGGCAUAAAACCAAAUAAUCAAGCAACCUGACUAUCCUGAUCCAGACCAGUCAAGUUGUAUUAGUUGAUUCUUCUUCUAGCAGUUUACAUCACUGCUCAAUCAGUUGUAGGUUCCUCCUAUUGUAAACCUUGAAACCUCACCCAACCCAAAUGCAAUUUUUGAACAGUAAAGGCCGGCUACAUCUUAAACUUGAUAUCUCCCUUCUGUCAUCUGCAUGCAAGCUUCCAUCUUCCAGUCUUGAAGCAGAACUUAUUCGUAGUUUCUUAGAAUUUUCUCAACUUCAAGUUUCAUAUUUUAGAGUUCUACAUCUAACUUAAACCUGUAGCACUAAUGUGUAUGGCAAAGCCACAUGCACCUAUCACAGUAAACCUGCUGCUAUACAAUCUCAGUUCCCUUGUGGUCUACUUACCCUAUUCUCCUUCACCAUUUUUCUUGUUUUCAUCAAACUCACAUAGUCACAUGCACCACUGGAUAUGCACACACGCAUCCCACACAGUAGGCCCCCAGCACUGCCACCCAUCACUUAAAACGAUUGAGUGAGCAAUGAAUUUAUCUUCAGGAUGUAUCCUCUUCCGCAACAUAUAGGAAAAAAUUUUGAAAUUGAGUGUUAGGAUUAUAUGGAAAUUUUUCAAAGGAAUGACUCAUAAGAUACAGUUUUAACUUCUGUUGAUUUCUGCUCCUAGCUUACAACCAUUUCAGCAGCAUAAGAUCUUUUGUUAGGUUUCAUCAGUUUCUAACCAUUCUUUUCUCAAAAUUAAUAAUUGUGGCGAACUGGAUAUUUGUCUGUUGUAGUUUCUAUUAUG